GCAAGUUCGAUUAGAACGAGUCAGAAAUUAACUCGUUUUAGAAAAGAAUUGUACUUUUUUUUUUUUUUCUUUCAAUUUUACAGUUUCAUCUCUCUGGCACGUCUUUCAGGGGGAAGCCAAAUCAACAACCAUGAAUUUAAACAACUUUGUUGUCCUUCACAACAAGCCGAAAUCAGUAAAGCUAAAUGUCAGGAAUUUGCGUGAGCUGCGUAUGGAGACGGCACAGCUCAGCCAGGACAACAAGGACAUGGAGAGUCGCUUGCAGCAACUCCAGGAGGUCAUGAGUCAUGAGAAAGAGGAGAGAGAGAAGAGUGGUGCUUUUCGCUGGAAAUCUGCUCAGAACCAUGAUGGGACAAGGGACAAAUACAAAAAUCUCAAUAAAAACUCUCCCAGCAAGAUGAAGAUAAGAGUGCUGAAAUCUCUGCCUGGUGAAAGGGUGCCAGAGCCUCCACCUCCAAAGGAUGGACGGAGAAGAAAAUCCAGGCUAAAAGGAAAAGUGUGUGGACAGUGUGAAGCUCGAACCGCUGGACUGGUGUGUGCAGAAUGCACAGAGGAUUAUUGUGUCGGCUGCUUUGCCAAAUUCCACCAGAAGGGGGCACUAAGGGUCCAUCAUAUUAUUCCCAUGCAGGCUGAGCUCCAUACCUCCAUCAGCACAAUUGAUGUGGUGAAUCGUUUUCAGAUGAAGAUUGAAGGUGGAGAAGACGAAGACAGUGGUGAUGGAGGAACAAAUCCAGAAUGCAGAGCAAUCUCUACAAUUUUCCAGCCUGUUUCUGAUAACCAGAUGCAUGGCAUACGAGUGCUGCUUGUGAAUGAUGCAGAUGAGGAGAAUGAAGACUCCUUUCUGAGAGGCAAUUUUGAUGAAGAGGAAUCUUCCAGAAGUUUUCAGAAGGCUCUGAAUGAGUGGAGAGCAGGAAACACACAUGGCAACAGAGAACAUCAUGAACCCAACCACAAUGUACAAACUGCUCGACCAGCAAGCAUGGAGGUGAUGGGGACCCAGGCUGGAGGAAGAACUCACAUACGUAUUGAGUUUAGGGAUCAUGGUCUAAGCUACAUGGAAAGGCUGAUGCUGAAGAAACACCGCAGAACAAAGGAUGAAUCUUUAAAGUUGCUUUCCACCCCGAGAUCCCCACAGGACCCGAUUACAGACACUUGCACACGGCCUGUUGAACAGACCCAUGAGACUCAUGAACUGACAGCUGAGGAGAUGGAUCUGCACCAUUACUGCGUCUCUCUUUUUGCCAUCUCCAGCUCAGCAGAAGCAGAAAAAGUGAAUAACAUUUUCAAAUCAUGCCUGAGUAUCAGAGAGAUAGAUGAGACAGCAGGAGACCCUCUGGUGGGUGCUUCCUUUGGAGUCAAGCAGAGAAAUUAUAAAAAAGUGAAUCAAGGAGGAGAUGCUUUAGCAAUGCCUUCCCAAGCAGAAGAAGAAGUUUUGAAUCCAACAAAGCCACUGGAUUUCUCACUAAAAAUUCAAACACUGGAUAAUGAAAGAAUUCUGAGUGGGUCAGUAGAAUCAUUCUCAGAGUCACCACCUUCUGACCAGCUCUUGUUAUCACUCACGUUCCAUAGGCUCCAAAAAUCUGUGGCUAUCUCCACUUUAACAGACUCUGAUAUACUAAACACUGAACAAUAUAAGGAACACACAUUUCAAGAACCACAAUCACCAAAACUUCUCAAACCACAGAUAUCAAGAUAUCCAUCAAAAUCCAAGUCAACACUCAAAUGUACAACACAGGUUUGGGAUUCCUGCUCUUCUAUUUCUCUUUCUUCUCAAUCCCAUAGUCCAUUAAUUUCCACAUCAAUUCAGAGUCAAACACCAGCAUUCCCUGUUUUGUCCAAUCCAAAACAGAGUCUGACUCAUUCAGAAAGCUAUCAAACAAGAUCAAAUACUCUGAAUCCCCCAUUGCCUUCCCAAUCAGAAGAGGUUGAGUGUCAAACAAAAUCACUCGAUUUCUCACAAAGAUGUUUUAAACCUGCUAAUGAAACAAUGCUAAGUCAGUUCUCACAAUCACCAAAAUCUGAUAAACUUUCAUCAUUCACUUCUCAUGAAGGUCAAAAAUCAGAUAUCUCAGCUAUUUUAAACAGUUCAGUACCUGCCUUAAUAACAUCACAUCAACAAGAGGAACACACAAUUCAAAGAACUCUGUUACCAAGACACAAUGAUUUUCACAAACCACAGACACUUAAAGAGCCUUCUUCACCACAAUACAAGUCAGCAGUAGACUGGGAUUCCUCCAUGUCUCUUUCUCUGCAAUCCCACAGUCCAUUGCUUUCCUCAUCGGCAGCAUUUCCUGCUUCCUUCAUGCCAAAACUGAGCCCAGUAUCUCCAGAAGACCAGUGUACCAUUGUAUAUGCUAAAGUUCCUAAACCACUGUUGUGUAGGACUGUCCAAGAAGAAGAGGAUAAAAAUAGGUUUACUCAAAUCUUAAAAUCACCAAGACUUGUUGACUUUCAGAAACUCCAAGCCACAUCGACACAGAGCUUUGAUUCCUCUUUUUAUGCUCAAUCCCAUGGCCCAUCGCCUUCCACAUCAAUUCAAUGCCUCUCGCCAGCUUUAUCCAUUUCCUCCAGGAUAAAAUUGAGUCCAAUGCCUUCAGAACUCGAUCAUAUUAGAGCUAAAGCUCUGAAGCCACUGUCUAUUAAAUCAUCCUCUCAGACCCAAAGUGAUAACACUCCAUCACAGUUCCAGCCACCUUCAGAACUUCAGAAAUCACCUUUAUUCUCAGACAACGAGGAACCAUGUUUACUUCCUUUAGGAUCAUCAUCAUCAAAGUCAGAAAUCCUUCAAAGCUCAUAUCCUAUUCACCUGAGAUCAUCAAAUUCAGAUAUGUCAAGUGACAGUGUUGGCAUGAUGCCCACUGAUGAAGACUCUUCUGAUGAAGAAAUGAGGAGAUGUGCACUGCAGGACAUGGAGGAAGAGGAGGAGAGAAACACAUUCUCAUUCCCUCCAUCACUGUUUCCCAUUGCAGAUUUUCCUUUCCCCUCUCAGAGCCCCACGAUUGAAGAGCAGUCAGCAUUCUUUACCAAACCAUCCCUGGCUGUAAGCUCAUUAGCGCAGAGAUACAACAGUGUAUCCACAAACUACCAAGGCCUGGAUGGCUUCUUCACGCUGGGGCUAGACUCCAGGUCUGUUCCAUUGAGUCCAGCUCCAUCACACGCUCCUCCAGAGAUGCAUACACACUCCACAAACUCAGAGGCCUUUAUGUUAGGUAACAUUAUCUGGAGGCCAGAGAGUAGCCUUCUAAAUCAUGCAGAGGCAAAGCUUAUUGGUGUAGUAAUUAACAACCAGCCAAUCAGCAUCAACUCACGAUCUUUUACAACAAUACGUAAAAUGGAACCAUCUUGGAGGCUGAGUCAAUCAGGUGCAUCUGCUCCAGUCACUCAGGGUGUUUCUCAUCCUAUGUGUGCAUCCCUUCCCAUUUCUCGCGCUGCUCUAGAGAUUUUGGAGGUUCAGAGUUUGGAACAAGCCGAGAUCACACACAUCAAACAGGAUGAGGAGGAUCUGCUCACCAUUGCCUCCCUGGAGGAAGAGUUCAAACAGAUGAGUGCUGAGCCAAAUUUAUUUGUAACAGAUGGACAUGAGGACAAUAGAAAAUGGAUUAAAAAAUGACUGAUUUUUUUAAAAUAUAUAACAUUUUUGUAACCAUAUAGUACCGUUUUUGGCAUGACUAGAUCCUUUUUUAUUUUUUUUUUAAUAACAGUCAGUCUUUGAUCAUAUAAAUGUAAUAAGUUUUGCAAAUAUUAAUUCUCAAUAUCACAAUAAUUGACCCUUUACUAACCCUCUGUUGUGAAAUGCAUGCUCAAACCUAAUGCAACUAUUAUUAACACAGAGUAUUAUAUAUUAUGUAUAUACUAAAACUAGAGAUCCCAAUUAAACAAAUGAGACAAAAAUAUUA